UGUUUCAGACACUAUACUUAUGCAUGUGUAUUUGCCCUGUACAUUUAUGAACAUUUAUUCUAUAUAUAUGACCUUAUAAUUCCUAUAACACUAUGCUGAGACUGCAUUUGGAAUACCGUAUAUGUACAGCUCUGAUCAUCUCGCUUCACGGAAGGAUAUUGCAGAGCUGGAAAAGUUUAUUUUUACAUUUCUACCCCACCUUGAGCUGCCCUAAGGAGCUCAAGCUGGCACGCAUGGUCCCCCCCCCCCCUCUCAAUUUUAUCUUCACAACAACCCUGUGAGGUUUAUUAGGCUCAGACUGACUAUUCCAAUCUCACCCUGUAAGUGGCAGAGUGUGGAAUUUGAACCCUGGGCUCCCAAGUCCUAGUCAAACCAUUAAGCACUUUACUAUGCAGGCUCUUUUAUGUGUGUAUACAUAUAAGCACAUCAACACAUUCAGGUUGCCCAGUCACAAUUUAUCUUGCGCAACCAACUUGCUCCACUAUCAGACUUCAUUGCAAUAAGAAAAGCGUCAGGAAACAGGUCGGAUUAUCGACCAGAGAAGAGUGUCUGCAAGGUUAUUCAUUACUCAAACGGUUAAAUCCACUGAGUUUAGCUCCGGUUCCUAGAAAGGCCAGAGAGUGAAUAAAUGGAGGAGGCGGAGGAGGAAGAAAGAUGACGAUUGAAUAGGAAAGCCACUUCCUUACGAGACCUUUUCCCAUCGCGCCCCCUGGAGGUGGGUGGCGGGGUUGACUUGUUCUACGACCUUUGCAGAAAAGGGGGUUCGCGUUGGAGCCUUUUAACAGAUCUCCCCACUCCACCCCCAGCUGCAGUUAGCAGGGUUUGCAUUGCAAAAGGCUGCAAGGAGAUGUUAUGGAUGGGUGUGUGAGAAUAUGAUGGAAGAAGCUUCAGGAGCAAGUGGAUCUGGGAAAGAUUUGAGUGAAGCUGCUCCCAGAGGAUUGUUUGGAUGUGAAGAAAGUGAAAGAUCAUGAUUAUGGUGCCCUAAAGCCAUGUGCUGAUGUCAAAGGCAGCUUCCAACAGACCUGAAAUCAUAACCACCAAAUAAUGCAUACAGGAGAGGAUAAAUAUAAGUGUUCAGAAUGUGGGAAAACCUUCAGCCGGAGCACCAACCUUCUUGUACAUGAAAGAACCCACACUGGAGAGAAACCAUACGAGUGCUCCAACUGUGGGAGAAGCUUCACCCACAGUUCAAAUCUUAGGGCACAUGAAAAAAUCCACACAAGAGAAAAGCCGUAUGCAUGCACAGACUGUGGCCAGACCUUCUAUCACAGCUCGAGCCUUACAGCGCAUGAGAGAAUCCACACAGGGGAGAAUGUACACAGGUGCCCACACUGUGAGAAGGUCUUCACUCGUGGCUCAGUUUUUAGGAAACACAUGAGAAUCCAUACAGGUGAGAAACCAUUCAAGUGCUCAGACUGUGGGAAAAGUUUCUCUCAGAGGUGCAAUCUUAUUAUCCAUGGGAAGACCCACACAGGAGAGAGACCCUUUAAGUGCUCUGAUUGCGGGAGAAACUUCAGUCGAAAAUGUGACCUCAUCGCACACGAGAGAAUCCACACAGAAGAGGACCCAUACAAGUGUCCGCACUGUGGGAAAAGCUUUUCUCAGAAGUCCAACCUUGUCAUACAUGAGAGGAUCCAUACAGAUGAGAAUCCAUAUCCGUGUCUGCACUGUGGGAAACGCUUCCGUCAGAAGGGGAACCUCAUGACACACGUGCGGAUCCACACAGGAGAGAAGCCGUACCAGUGUCUGGAUUGCGGGAGGAGAUUCAGUCAGAAGGGCAGCCUCACAUCACAUGAGAAAACCCAUUCAAGAGAGAAAAGGACAUCUUGCAUGCAGGAAGUGAGGACUUGAUAUUUUUCAGCCUCAGGUGGAAGUAUCUGAUUUAGUUUUUUGGCUUGGGAGAGCCCUGGUAGUUCAUCAAAACCUUACUAAGGGAUCUCUCAGUGCAAAGAUCAAUAGGGGCAAACAUGCUUCCCUGAAAGAUGGAUUGCCCACUAAUAUUGAUCGUCCUCAACACAUAGCUAUCGAUCUACCAGGCUUGACUUGUGUUCUUAUGCACCACAAACCCUGCCCCUAAAAAGAUGAAACCCUAGUUAUUGUGGCUGGAGAAAUACAGGACUGUGAAACCAGCUAGGAACAGUUAGAAGUAGUAACAUUACUCAGCAGCACUCAAGCUUUAAUACAUCUGUCAUUAAUUUUAAAAAGAAAAGGCAUUGGGGGGGAUUACUUAAAAUACUUUGUGUUUGCUGCUCUUGGGGGUUCUUAAAAUGAUAUGUUGUAUGUGUAUAUUUUAGCUCUGGUGUUGGAAUUUGCUCUGGAGAGGGCCUCAAAUGGUAGGAAAUGGUUUAAGAGAAGGGCAGGUCCAUAACCGCCUCUUCCUGGUAUUUCAUUUAACAGAGUCCUACCGCCUCAGUUUCAUAACGGAGUGGGUCAGCUGCUCCUUCUUCAUAGUUAUCCCGUAUUUGCACUUGGGAAUUGAUCACUUUCGCCUGCCUACAGCGGAGUUGUCAAGGAUUGUUUGGGAAAUUAACGCGAAACACUGAACACUAAAAAGAUAAUUCUACUACAAAUUAGAUUUGUAAUGAAACGCAGCAGUCUGUAGGGUGCUCAUGGCUAUCUUGCUGUCUUCUAGGAUACUUCUCUCUCUCUCUCUCUCUCUCUCACACACACACACACACACACACACACACACUCUUUUCCUGUCUCAUCAGAGAAUCAGCUUUUCAAGGCCACUAGAAAUGUGUGUUCCUCUUUGGCCUGUUUUCGGAAGGUUUUCUAAAGUUCCGGGGUUCCUCUAUGCCUGCUGAUACUUUGUGCAUGGAUGUUGCCAUUUUGGCUACCUUUGGGCCAGCACUUGAAGAACCCAGUAGCCAUGUGAUUGCCUCCUUUUUUCCCCCCUUUUAAAUAAAAGUGUUUUCUUUUUCUCCUUCCCACCUGUUUUUAUAUGUAAGUGCACAACACUGAACAUUUCACUGCCAACCCUCCAUGAUUCAGUUUACAAUUCACAACAACCCAUAAAAUAAAAGAAAGGGAAAGACAGAGCAAGAAAGGAGGAGACUCACUUGAAUGAAACCUCCACUGUACAAAAGCAGUCCCUGCAUACAGAAAUCUAGCAAGUCAGGGGAAAGAAU